AUGGGUACCACGCCCAACUCUAACGUCAGCAAACCUACCGAUGUCCCACCUGCUACCACAACAACUACUUCCGGUCCGCCUUCACGAUCCAUCUCCCCAGCCCCGAAGCCAAAUCGACUACGUGAAUUCAAGCCUGGGCAAGAAACAUCAGCAGCCAGUCCUUCGACUCCAGCCAUCCCCGCGAGACCAAAGCCGAAGCCUGCAGCACUGUCUACCAACCAAGAUGCCCCUCCCCCGCCGACGUCCGCGAGACCUGUCCCGGCUGCAAAACCACAAACUGUUCAGCUUCAACAGCCAGCACCGCCUAUGCCCCCUGCUGUGACGGUCCUUCCACCCCAAUCGCCUCCUAAAAACCGAGUUUCAGAUCUUGCCGUUGGAGACCAACCCUCGUUCAUAAACCCAGAUGCUGUCGCAACACCUGCCACACCAACUGCUGGAGGCCGGUCCUUCAAAAUCCCAAGUCGAUCACUCAACACCUCACCAUCAUUUAAUGCCCCUGUAUCUCCUCGACCCGGAGGCUCAAGACCACCGUCACCGCCUCCACCCAGACGAUCUGGGGAGCUGGGCCGAGCUCGUGAACCUAAAGUGCCACCGCCGCCGCCAGCGCCUCGCAAUGAGAAGGCAUUGAUUCCCGCGCCCAAAAUGGGGUCAAUUUCGGGCCCAACAGUAGCACGAAUGAACGAUAUCUCGCAAGAGAACUCCCCAUUCAACAGCCCUCCAAGUAGCUUUGGAUCUGGCGAGGAGACACCGCCGAAACUACCAACACGUCCAAGGCCACAGUCACAUAUUGAGCAGCCCAGCAGACCGCGAUCAGUGGUCGUCGGUUUUGAUCCUCCUCCCGUGCAUCAUUCGGUCACAAAUAUGAGGAAGGAUCGGGAGGAGGCCAAUGGGAUGUCUAGAGGUCACAUUACUCCUCAAGUAACUGGCGAGCCACGACCAGCGUUACCAGCGAGACCUGUGAACUUUGAGCCUCCCCCUCGACCUCCUCCACUAAAUAACAACAACUACAACAUGCCUCCUCCGCCACGACCGCAAAGACCAGCUGCACCAACAGCGGUCCAGGCUAUCGACCCUCCGCCUUCCUCUACGCCACCAAAGCGAGUCGUUUCCACCCCAACGACACAGCAACCUCAACAGCAGCAACAGCUCGCUGCUCCCACAAGGAGCCAUGGCAGAUCAAUGACAAUAGACAGGGCAUCCGACAGAACGCCCGCCGAAUUUCGUAUCGCCCCAACAACCAUUCCAGCAACAGCUGUUGCUGCUCCGCCUCCAAAAGCAAUACAGUCCACUCCUGUUGUUGCCGCUAGGAUUACGCCAAGUACUGAGGCUAUCCAUCAUGUCACCACAUAUCCAGAAGCUUCAAAUACAAACCGACGACCACCAUUCAGCAAACAUGGGACCUUCGAUAUUUCGACCAAGUACGAUGCGAGAACUUUUGAUGUAUGCGGCGAAUUUAUAUGUGCAAGCGGCUACAUGACAAGAGUGUGGAGUCUGAUUGAUGGCGAACAAAUCAUGAGCUUGCAACACACCGAAGGAGUCAAGGCAACUGCAGUGAGCUUCAAGCCCGCUGCUGAUCCACGAGAAGAGGGAAAACGAAUAUGGAUUGGUACCAACACGGGAGAUCUAAUGGAAGUUGAAGUUGCCACGCAUGCCAUAACGCAAAGCAAACCCAAUGUUCAUGGUAAAUACGAAGUCGUACGAAUCUACCGACACUGGAACGAAAUCUGGACGUUGGAUGAGUCGGGAACAUUGCUUGUCUGGGGACCCGACGAAACCGCUGUUGCAAACGUUUCUGGGCAUCCUACUCAGAGUUACAAGGUUCCAAAGGGGCAUACACAUUCCAUGGUUAUUGGUGAGGAGCUUUGGCACGCUACAGGCAAAGAAAUCCGAGUUUUUGCACCGACAGUCGAUGGCCGAUCACAGUUCCAGGUGCUCGUUCGGCCUUUGAUCGCGGAUAAUGCGGGCGAGGUCACUUCCGGUACUCUUGUCAAAUCCCACCCAGGCAAGGUCUUUUUUGGACAUGUUGAUGGCAAAGUAACGAUUUAUAACACCAAGGAUUAUUCGUGCACAACAAUGUUAAACAUCAGCACAUGGAAGAUCAACGCGUUAUCGAGUGCGGGUAAUUACAUCUGGGCAGCAUACAACACUGGCAAGAUUUGUGUCUACGAUGUGGAGGAAGCGCCAUGGGUCAUUCUCAAAGAGUGGCAGGGACACGAAAACCCUAUUGUAAAAAUGGCCGCUGAUCCCUCGUCCUCCUACUUUUUGGACCGACAACAAGUAAUCUCGUUGGGCGCAGACAACAAGAUCAAAGCCUGGGACGGUCUGCUGGAGGACGACUUUCUUGAAGACUCGAUGAAGUCGAAAGACACUCAGUACUGCGAUUUCGACGAAAUUCGAGCAUUGUUUUUUACCUGGAAUGCUGGAGCAUCGACACCAUCCAGUUUACGACAUUCUUCAGGCGAUUCAACAUUUUUCCAAGAUCUUGUUCAGUCAAGUGGCUCACCAGAUAUUCUUGUGUUUGGUUUCCAGGAACUCGUGGACUUGGAAGACAAGAAAUUGACGGCCAAACGGUUCCUCAAACCGAAAAAGAAAGAAGCAGGAACCGACCAAGAACGAAUGAGCCACCAGUAUCGAGAUUGGCGCGACUUUUUGAUGAAGACACUCGACGACUACAUGCCGGCAGACGACUUGUACCACCUCCUUCACACAGCACCCAUGGUGGGACUGUUCACGUGUGUGUUUGUCAAAGCACACUUGCGAGACAGAAUUCGGGGACUCCAGGGCGCGGAGGUGAAGCGAGGCAUGGGUGGCUUGCAUGGCAACAAGGGCUGUGUAGCUGUUCGGUUCAAGAUUGAUGAUUCUUCGAUCUGUCUUGUCAACUGCCAUUUGGCUGCUGGGCAAUCUCAAGCGAACGCGCGACAUAACGACGUCGCUGCUAUUCUUGAAGCCAACUUGUUCGCCACUGAACGAGAUUCAGCAGCUCGCAUUGACAGUUUCGUUGGUGGAGGUGAUGGAAGUUUAAUCAUGGAUCAUGAGCUUUGCAUCCUCAACGGUGAUCUGAACUACCGAAUCGACACUAUGUCUCGCGAUACUGUCGUUGCAGCAGUCAAGCAGAACAACUUGAGUAAACUUCUUGAUCGAGACCAACUUUUGGUGGCCCGUCGCCGCAACCCAGCCUUCAAGCUUCGAGCUUUCGACGAGAUGCCCAUCACAUUCGCGCCAACAUACAAAUACGAUGUGGGCACUGAUAAUUACGACAGCAGCGAGAAGAGACGAAGUCCCGCUUGGUGUGAUCGACUGCUACAUAGAGGUCGAGGUCGGAUAGAACAGUUUGACUACAGACGUCACGAGGUCCGAGUGAGCGAUCACCGACCCGUGACAGGAACAUUUAAUCUUUGGGUCAAGAAGGUCAACCCCAGGGGUAGAGCAACGGCAUGGAUGGAAAGUCAACAAAGCUUUGAGGAUAUGCGUGAGAAGGAAACCUCUGAGGAUAAACUUUGCUUCCUGAGAGACAUUUGCGGAUUUGACGAAGCAACGAGCAAGAGGCUCAUCAAAGAGAGAUCUGCAAGGCGUGAAAACCGCAGCCCUGUGCGCACUUGA